CAAAACUAUAAAUAAGAAGAAGAUAACAAGAAAGUUAUCAGUUGCAAUUACAACGUUCGUAUUGGAAGGCUAUGACAAUGACUCGAAGCAUCUAUUUUCCGCAAACAAAUCUGCAGAUCCUGACAGUCAUUGGUGUAUGGAUAUGGACAGCUGUGGCUUCAAAAGAAAUGCUUGAGCAACCUUUCCGGCAUCCCGACUGCCCACUGAUAGAUGAUCCAAUGCAUCCGAUACAGUUGCCUUACCCCACCGACUGCAGAAAGUACUAUAGCUGUAAAAAUGGUUACGCCUACUCCAUGUUGUGUCAAAAUGAACUUCAAUGGAGCACGCUGACUUAUCGCUGCGAUUUUCCAACUGUCGCAAAAUGCGCCGGCACUCCUUCCUAUCCGAUUGAUCCAACACCUAGCGGUGCAUUUCCAACAUCGGAAAACAAUGUAUUCAAGAGGGAUGCUACAGACUGCAAUAAAUUCUACAGUUGCAUGCCGAUGCGUUGCCCCCCACUUCAGUAUUGGAAUGUAUUACUAGAGCGCUGCGAUUCACCACAGAAUACCCUGUGUGAAACUUCCGCGCACAUUUGGACGGAACCGCCAUUCAUAUACGAUACAAUACCAACAGCAGCCACGCCCCCAUCAUAUCCCAAAGGAAAUCUAGUACCUGCCCCAAUGAGCCCCAUUCACGAAGCCGAAUCCUCCAACCUAUUAGCCUUAUGUAGUACACCUGGCGUUGAUUAUGUGCGCCACCCUUACGACUGCCAUAAAUUCAUUCAAUGCGAUGGCUUCGCUACGGUACAUACCUGUGCCAACGAUCUUUACUGGAACUCGGAAGUAAUGGCUUGCGAUCGCUAUUGCAAAUGA